AUGGAUCAUCCAGCUUGCAUCUACAGAGUACCAGGCCAAAUGCGUAAUGUGAAACCCGACGCCUAUACACCUCGGAUGGUACUCAUCGGCCCGCUUCAUCGUCCUGUCAAACUGAAACCAGGGCAUAAAAAAAAUGAAUAUACGAAGAUGGAUGAGAAAAAGGUGAAGUACUUAGAAUCAUUCACCGAAAGAGUCGGGGAAGAUAUUGUUAAGGAAAUAGAGGAAACGAUACGCAAGGAAGAAGCAAAUAUUCGGGCAAGCUACGCGGAGCCGCUCGAAUGGAUAUCACCUGAAGAUUUGGUGGACCUUGUUCUUAAGGAUUCAAUAUUCAUCAUGGAGUUCAGUAUCAAACUUCAAGAGUCUCGUGGAAGUUCAGGUGACCCGAUCGUGGACAACGAGAUUCACACUGCAAAUGUGAUUGGAGAUCUCAUCAUGCUCGAGAACCAACUUCCCUAUUUCAUUUUCGAUAAAUCGUUUGGUCCCUAUUUGAUGGAAUUUCUUGGAUAUGAGACGCCAGGCCAACUCUUCCUGGAAUUAUUUUCCCUGCACACAAAGAUCAAAACAAAUACAAACUUCAAUCAUUUCACAGACAUGUUCCGGUGUGUUUAUGAGGAAUCGCUUGACCAAUCUCCAAAGCUAAUGAUUGGACCAGCUAUUGAGGAGAUGGAGAGCGCACAAAACCUAUCCCGUGUAGGAGUAGAUUUCAAGGCCUUCCAUCUCUUGAACUCCACAAAGCUGGACGGAAUAAAUCGCCUGUUUUUCCGGAAUCAAGAGCCGUUAGACUCGAUCUCCAUCAGAAAGGAGGAGGCUGAUAAUUAUUCUCUGCACAUGGAGUUUAACAAAGGUUGCUUAGUGAUGUCAAGUUUCCGUACGGACGAUACAUCUGAUAAAGUUUUAAGAAAUGUCAUUGCAUAUGAGCAGUGCCAUGCUAAUGUAGAAAAAUUUACUUCUAACUACAUACAUUUCUUAAAUUUCCUAAUUACUAAGGAUAAAGACGUCGAGUUACUCAAAAAGGAAGGGGUGCUAACGAACGGUGGGGGUAGGCCGAGAUUGACGGUGGACAUGGUGAACAAGUUAAAGAUUGGCCUGAUUGAAUCGAAGACCUCACAAUAUCACAGCAUAGCAGUGAAUCUCAGAGCUCACUAUACAUCUCGCAGAAAAAGGUGUUGGGCCACUCUCAACAAAGUCUACUUCAAAGAUUUGUGGACCGGAACUGCUACUAUGGCCGCUAUUCUUCUCUUGUUUUUUACUCUUGUCGGGUCCGCCGCUUCUGUUAUCCAAGCUUACACAAGCUUCAAUUAGUAACUUUAUACAAUACGCUGAAAUAUUAUAUCGUCUACAACUUGUUUCCUGGUCUUACUUUUCGAUUAUUCA